UGCUUAGGGUUCUAUUCUAACCCUUACUAACCCCAUAAACAAUCGACAAUAGUAGGAAUUGAACAUAUAGCUUCUAAAUUUGGAAAUCAAUUAUGUUCCUUGAAGCUCGUGAGGAAGGACAUGAGUUUAUUACAAUCAUGUCAAAAUAAUGGAGGAUAUUGUCAUUUUGUCUUCUGCUGCCUCAUUUUUAAAGCACAAUUAACUUAUCGGGUAGCUUAAUUCUAGUGCUUUUGGAAUGUGUUUUCAACUUUCAGGUUAUGAGUAAAUAUGGCCAGGUGAAGAAUUUACGCUUGGUCAGGGACAUUGUGACAGGAGCUUCUCGCGGUUAUGCUUUUGUUGAAUAUGAAACUGAAAGGGAGAUGCGACGGGCAUACAUGGAUGCUCAUCAUUUGAUUGUUGAUGAUUGUGAAAUCAUAGUUGAUUACAACAGACAACAAUUGAUGCCUGGAUGGAUUCCUAGAAGGUUAGGUGGUGGUCUCAGUGGCAAGAAGGAAUCAGGGCAACUUCGUUUUGGGGGAAGAGAAAAACCAUUUCGUGCACCCUUGAAACCAAUCCCAUAUGAGGAGUUGAAGAAGCUUGGCAUACCCCCUCCGCCUGAAGGAAGAUACAUGUCACGCUUUCAGGUUCCAUCGCCUCCCAGAAGAGAAAGGAGUCUUUCAGACAGGGAAGAAGACUCUCAUAAACGUAGAUGGGGAUCCGACGACAGAAACAGAAAGGAAGAUAACCUUAGAAGUUCAGUGGACAUUAAGGAAGGGCAUUACAGAAAUAGAUCAAGACACCGAGAUGAUGAACACUCCCGUGGAAGGAGCUCAUCAGAGAGAAGUGGUCGUUACCAUGAGAGGAGUUCAUCCGAGAAAGAACAUCUUCACCGGAGAUCUACAGACAAAGACAACAGGAGUUCAUCUGAGAAAGAACAUCGACACCGGAGUUCUACAGACAAAGACAAACAUUCUCGGAAGAGAAAAGAAAGAGAUGAACGGUCUCAAACGCAGGGAAAAUAUAGUCGCCAUUCCCCUCACAAGGACUAACUCCACUCCACAGCUGAUUCUUACCAUUCUGUGUGCCUUUGUGCUGUGUUUCGUUUAUGCAUGGGAGAAAUGGGAAUGCAAAGUUUCAAUCCUCAACAUGAAACUGGUUCAUUCAUAGGUCGAUGAAAGUCACUGUUUUUGUUUAUAUGCAAAAACAAUCAAUUGAUGAAUUGAUGAUUGUUAGAGUUGGCUUUGUUUUGUAUGUUUUUCAAAUUGGCUUACCCUGAAAACAAGCAUCAAGUGAGGGAAAUGGAAACAAUUUUUCAGAAUCAAAAUGUGAUCGAACCCAAUGCAAAUGCAGGUUUCAUAUGUGAAGUAUAUUUUUCACUCCA